GUCUAGAGGCACUGUGUCACAGAGCAGAGUGCCAUGCAGACCUUCAGUGUAUGACGGUGUCCCAAACACAAGUAUCACUGCUGCUACAAGAUGAUCCUGCUACUCGCUCUGCUUUCUGUUCUCUGGGGAGAACGAAGUCUGUGCCUGGAAGAGGAUGGAGGCUUUACAUUUGAUGGAAACAUCCGCCAAUUCGCCAUGACCUCCAACACGGUUUACAUCGCCACAGAGGAGAGGCUGUACCAGCUGAGCCACGACCUGACUCUGAUCCACAGUCUGACUCAGAGAGGAAUCUUAAAGACCGGAAACCAGCAGGAUGAUGUGCAGUUUUACCGGGUUUCUGAUACAUUUGGGAGGAACGCAACUUUCAGCAUCAACGUGUUGUUGCCUUUCACAAAGAAUGACUCUCUGAUCAGCUGCGGUGUGACUGACGAUGACUGCGGUCACUGCGAGGUUCUGGACCUAAAGAACAUCUCCAACCUUCUGUACAGAGAACACAUCCAGGUGGGACCUUUGAAGAGCAGCAGUAGGUCUGUCAGCUUUCUGGUGGAUGUGAAGAAAACUCAGACUGGCACUUACAUUCUCACCGCGAUCCAACAAAACGAAAGCCAGUCUGAAAACAAGUGCGGUAUUAAUCAUCAGACUAUCAACCUUCAGGAUACAGAUGACAAACAGGGUGGAGGUAUAUUUUCUCUAACUGAUGGAGCUUCAGGCACACCUGGGAUCAAAAGUAAAGGUGAUGUGGAGUUUGUUGACGGGUUUCAGAUCAGUUCAACCAUCUAUCUGUUCUCCAACGUGCUCUCAGCUCAGACAAACGGAGUGCGUCUCCUUUGGCUCGAAGGUAAAAACAGCAAAACUGAUUCACUCAAGUCUCUGCGGGGCGCGACUCUCAGUGUCUCUGACAGUGAAAGCAGCAGACUCGUGGCCUCCUCGGUCAUCCCGGGGCAGCAGCCAGUGCUUUGGAGCGGCGUGUUCACUAUGGAUGGGGUAGACACCACCGAGCUCAUGGUGUUUGACAUCAGCCCUGGUGACAGCAAGGACACCGACAAAGAUCCAGACUUCUACACCUCUGUGCCAAUAGAAGUGACGCCAAAGAUCCUUAAACCACUGGCAGUCCUCUUCAGGCACAGCUACAUGACCUCUGUGCUGGCAGUGAGGCAGAGAGGCUGGAUGGUUUUCUUCAUUGGGACAGGAGAUGGGCAGCUCAUUAAGCUGUCUGUGGACAGGAAGUAUCACGCUGCCUGUCCCACGGUGCUCUACAGGACCAGUGAUGACCUCAAAGUGUUUCCCAAAUUACAUCUGGAUCCAGUGGAUCGUAAAUAUGUGUAUGUGCCAUUUAGAAACCAGAUUAAGCGAGUUCCUGUGUCAAAGUGCAGCACGUACACAAAUGUGCAGGAGUGUUGGUCUGCACAGGAUCCAUACUGUGGUUGGUGUGGCUCUAAAAGCAGCUGCACAUUUGAAGAUGACUGCACAGAUUCAGACUGGCUGUCCAUUCCUGAUGAGUCCCAACACAAAAUGAUUUCCCACAAACUUGAAAAGGACACUAACGGACAGAUUUCAUUAAAGAUCCACACACACCUGACUGUGGGCCAGGAGGCAGCAUCUAACUUCACCUGUCAGUUCUCUGCACCUUCCACUGAGCUUUGUACUCAGAAUAACCCUCCUCAACAGUUCCCACAAUGUACCUGCAUCCUCGAUACCACACUUCCUCCUGAUGGUCUGCAUGUCAUAGUAAAAUUUAGACUUGGUUCAACACAACUGUCAGAAAAACUGAGUUUGACCAACUGCUCUGACAUCAGUGGACCACCAAGUUCUGUCUUGUGUCAGCAGUGCAUCAAAGCUGGUUGUAGAUGGAACACAAACAGAUGUUCCUGGGCCGAUCAAACAGAGAUCAAUGACAGCGUUUGCCAAAAUGUGCAGUCUGGGAAGAACUUCUCUAUCCCAGAGAUCUCCUCCAUCACUCCCCGUGUGGUGUCUUUCUACGGCAGAAACCACGCAGUGCUGUCAGGUCGUAACCUCGAUGAUGUGACUGCAGUGAGGAUGCAGGCAGAUACUGACUGUACUCCAAAAGAAUCUCCUGUUUGGGACAACACUGGUUUCAGUCUGACGUUCCACAUUCCCACUUCAGACAUCAAAGGUGUGGUCAACGUAUGUCUUCUCCUCCCAGAUGGUCGUUGCCAUGGCAAAGCUAAAAUCACCUACAGCUCAUUACCAUCAUGCACCAACAUUACUCCCAGCAGCAGCUGGAUCAGUGGGAAGAGGAAGAUCACACUCACUGGGUCCCAUCUUAACUUUGUUGAAGGAGUCAUACACAGCCACGCCAUGCAUGAUGUCAGACUUCCCAGAAACAUCAGUUCCCAGAGUCUCACCUAUGAUUCACCUGAAGCUCUGAGCAUUUCUAGCAGCACUAUGUUUUUGAAAGUAGCCAAUAAAACCUUGAACUGCUCCACAAAACUCUCCUACUAUCCAGACCCUGAGUUUACCAGCUUCACAGCCACGAGGACAGGGAAAGAUGUGCGCAUCACCAUUCAGAAAAAGACAGACAAGCUGGAGAUGACAAUAGAUGAGUUAUCAAUGUGGGGCAUUCAAGACAAGCCAAAAAAUUGCACCAUGGAAGCCAAAGAAACCAGUAACAACACUGACUCUUUCACCUGUGAGAUUGAAAGCUCAACCAACCCUGAAUUUCAACAAUUAUUGAUAAAAUACGGAGACAAAUCUGUCAAACUGGAAAAUAAAGAUGAAUCUGCAGUUUAUUAUUUUCUGAUGCCGAUCCUUGUCCUGCUACUGACACCAGCCAUUAUUAUUGCAGUGGUGUUAUUCUACAAAAGACAACAGCAGAGGCUCGCUGAUAAGAUGAACAAGUUUGUGGAAGACCUCGAGCUCAACAUCAGGAAUGACAUCAGACAAGGUUUUGUGGAGUUGCAGACAGAAAAUGCUGAUCUACUGGAAAAUGUUGGAACAAUUCCUUUCCUGGAUUUCAAGCACUUUGCCUCCAGAAUCUUUUUUCCUGAGAAUGAAUCUUUGAUGGAAUCCUGUAUCAAAGACAUCAGUCAGGAUGUGGUGAAGAUUCAGCUUGAUGAGUGUUGCCAAGGUUUGUCCAGGCUGAUCCAGGACCAGCUCUUCCUCACCUCCAUGGUGCAUGCUCUCGAGGAAGAGAAGAGUUUCACCAUCAAAGACAAAUGUGCAGUAGCGUCUCUGCUCACUGUAGCACUCCACAGCAACUUGUCAUACCUGACGGAGGUGAUGGAGGUUCUGCUCAAGGAUCUUAUGCAAAAGAGCAGCAACACUCAGCCCAAGCUGUUACUCCGACGCACUGAGUCUACAGUGGAGAAGCUGCUCACCAACUGGAUGUCCAUCUGCCUCUACGGCUUCCUUCGGGAAACUGUUGGCCAGCACCUGUUCCUGAUGGUUAGCGCCCUCACACAGCAGAUUGCAAAAGGCCCAGUGGAUUGUGUCACAGAGAAAGCUCUGUACACGCUCAACGAGGACUGGCUGCUGUGGCAGGCUCAGGACUUCAGCUCGCUGAAGCUCAAAGUGCUGUUUGCUGUGGGCACUGACGGGGAGGUGAGUGAGCCUCUGGAGGUCAACGCCCUCGACUGUGAUACAGUGGAGCAGGUCAAAGAGAAAAUUCUGUCCAGCUUCAAGGCCAAGUUUGGUUUCCCCUACAACAUUCCCCUGAGGGAUGUUUGCAUAGAGUAUGAGAAGAAUGGAUUAUUCUUUCCUCUUGAGGAAGUAGAUGCAAGCUCAGAGGUUAUUGGGGAGGUGACAAUGCUCAACACACUCAAACACUACAAGGUUAAUGAUGGCGGGACAAUCAAAGUGCUAUCUAAGAAAACUCAUCCUCCUCUGAGCCCACAAGGAAGUGUGAAAGAUGACGAGAACUUCUCGGGAAAAUACUUCCAUUUGAUCGAUCCUGAUGUAGAUGAAGAUCAAACAAAGAACCCAGAGAGGAAGAAGUUAAAGCUAAAGGAAGUACACCUCACCAAGCUGCUCUCUACCAAGGUGGCAGUACAUUCAUUUGUGGAGAAACUCUUCAGGUCCAUCUGGGGCCUCACACUCAGCAGAUCUCCGUUUGCUGUCAAGUACUUCUUUGACUUUUUGGACACUCAGGCAGAAAACAUGAAGAUCACUGACCCAGAUGUACUGCACAUCUGGAAGACCAACAGUUUACCGCUGCGCUUCUGGAUCAACAUUCUGAAAAACCCUCAGUUUGUUUUUGACAUGGAGAAGACGCCACAUUUGGACGGCUGCCUGUCCGUCAUUGCUCAGGCCUUCAUGGACUCCUUUUCUCUGAGUGAGAUGCAGCUGGGGAAGUAUGCGCCUACCAACAAGCUCCUCUAUGCCAAAGACAUUCCCAAGUUUAAACAGGAAGUGAAGAUGUACUACAAACAGAUAAGAGACCAGUCACCAGUCACGCCCGCAGAAUUCAAGGAUUUCCUGCAUGAAGAGUCAAAGAAACACGAAAAUGAAUUCAAUGAAGCAGCAGCGCUCAAAGAACUAUACAAAUUCAUAGAGCGAUACUUCACAGAGAUCAAGCAGAAACUGGACGAGAACGGAGUCCCUGCUGAGCUGAAGGAGCAGCUACAACAUGUAAAGCAAUCAUUUGAUGGACUGAAAAGCUGCUCCUGGAGUUGAACCAUCUGUCCUUUCUCUAAUAGGAAUAAGCUGUGAAUAUCAAGCAACAGUGUGAACCUCACAGAGGAUGUUUCGUUUACUGAAAGUUUUUUGUAUCUGAUGGACUUUCACUUUCUUCACAAGUGGAGUAAUUGUUGUUAAAACAACUCAUAACCCCAAAUGCACAAUGAUUCCAGCCAAAGACAUGUCAGACACAAGGUUAAUGUACAAAUAUUUUAAUACAGUUCAAGUCUGUAUCAUCAUUGUGCAAUGUAGUCCGUAGUGUCAUAUGUAUGACUCCUCUGUAUUUUUCCCUCAACACAAUGGCUUUAUAACAAAUGUAAACAAGAUUCUUAUUACAAAAUCCAGCCCUGAGGAUAUCAUGUGAAAAGGUGCCAAGGCAUCACAUUUUAGACAUAUAAAAUGUGGAAUUCUUCCAAUAAAUGUUUUAUUUUUAUAAAAA